AUGUCAAUUCCACAGACAAAGAAGUCUGACGAAGGACAUUAUGUAUGUACGGCAGUGGAUCCACAAACAGGGGCCAGUGCUGAUGCCCCACCAGCUCAUAUUGGAGUUCGACCAGCAUCAAAGCUUGAGCCACAAGUCGACCCUAUCGAACAAUCCGUCCCACAAGGCUCUCCAUUCCGAAUUCGUUGUUGGGUGCCAGGAAAUCCCCACGCUCAUCUGACAUGGAGAAAGACCGAAGGCGAAAUCAAUGACGAUUCUGAACAAAACCAAGGAAUCUUAACCGUCAAUAGAGCUGAACCUUCCGAUGAGGGUGACUACAUCUGCACGGCUGAGGAUCCACGCACAGGUGAAGAAGCCGAAGCACCUCCGGCAACGGUUCGUGUCACAACGCCAGUAAGGCCACCGGAAGUUAUGACCUUUGAACGAGGUCCAGAAAUCUCACCACCUAUCCAAACAGUGACCGAAGGAGAUCCCGCCACGAUCCGAUGCUGGGUAGAUGGUCAUCCAGAGGCAGCUCUGUCAUGGAGGCGGCACGAUGGCGCUGCACUGCCAUUUGGAGCUUCGGUUGAAGAUGGAACUCUGGCAAUUAGUAGCACGCUGAUGAGUGAUGAGGGAGAGUACAUUUGUACCUACACUCCACCCGUUGGUCCACCGAAGGAAUCAGCACCCAGCAGGCUUAAUGUUAAACCGCGUGAGUUAUCGUUCAUUGCUGCUGACAAGUGUGCUGAAAAAGGCGCGAGUCUCCAAAAU